AUGGAGAAAUCACUAUUGCCUAUCCUAAGAGCCCACUCGAUAUCUUUCUACGCUUUCAGAGUCCUUGCCUCCGGUUUCCUCACCGGAAACUUCAGCGCGGGAAAAUCCACCGAUACCCGAUUUAGCGACGCCCAUCCACUCGGAAAAGCCUUCCAGAAACUCUACGGAGAUCCUAAAUUACAACAAGCGAUGAAGGAUCUUGAGGGUUCUUUGGCGCCGUUGGGUGUUUUGGGAAGAGAAGCGAGCUUGAGAUGGAUGUAUUAUCCUUCGAGAUUGGGAGUGGGGGAUGCUAUUAUUUUGGGCGCUAGUAAAAUCGCUCAGGUGAGGGAAAAUGUGGAGAGUAUAACUAAGGGACCGCUACCUGAUGGGGUGGUGGAGAAGGUUGAGGGGAUGUGGAAUGUUUUGGCUGGGGAUAGAGGGGGGAUCUUGUAG